AUGGGUCAUGAGGCCAGCUUCACCCCUUUUGAACUGGAGGAGUGGCAGUCGCGCUACGAGACAACAGUGAAGUACAACCUUGCAGACUCCGGCUGCCACCCUGUGCGCCUAUCUGAGCUCGUCUCAGACCCGGCUGCAGUGGAGAAGCUGCUUUCGUUGGAUCUGCACUACCCCCCGGUGGGGGGCACUGAUGCGCUGCGCGAGCUGUGCGCCAGCUGGCACGGUGCCAAGCCAGAGAAUGUCCUAGUCACCGUCGGAGCUGCCGAGGCCAACUCCAUCGCUGUUGCCUCGCUCCUGCAGCCAGGUGACCAUAUGGUGGUGAUGGAGCCGAACUACCGCCAGGUGCGCGGCUGCGCAGUCAACAUGGGCGCGUCUGUCUCAGCGUUCCCUCUCGAUCCCGCGCGCGGCUGGCGCCCCGACCUUGACGCGCUCGCCGCAGCAGUCACUCCCGCCACGCGCCUGAUCGCCGUGACGAACCCGAACAACCCGGUCGGCACGAUUCUUACCGAGCCGGAGAUGGACGCGAUCGUGGCCGCAGCUGCGAAAGUGGGAGCGUGGAUUCUGGCCGACGAGGUGUACAGGGGAACGGAGCUGCAGACAGACAAAGUGACUCCCAGCUUCUGGGGGCGCUAUGAGAAGACUGUGUGCGUGGGCAGCCUGUCCAAGGCUUUUGGGCUGCCCGGGCUGCGGCUCGGCUGGCUCGUUGCGCCGCCGGACUUUGUCGAGCAGGCGUGGAGGCGCCAUGAGUAUGUCACAAUCGCGGCGAGCACGCUGUCCAUGCACCUUGCAGAGAUCGCGCUCUCUGCUGAGACCCGGCAGCGGCUGCUGGCGCGCAACCGGCGGCUGAUGCGGGAGGGGUGGGCGCGGCUGCAGCGCUGGGUGGAUUCCUCGGGCGGCCUGCUGUCGGUUAUUCCCCCGGCCGCCACCGCGCUCGGUUUCGUGCGCUACCAUUUGGAUGCGCCCAGCAUAGAGGUGGCGCACAAGAUUCGCACGGAGGGAGAUGUGCUCGUGGGUGCAGGCGCGCACUUUGGCGUAGAGCACCACUUACGCAUCACCCACGGCAUGGAACCCAAGUUCCUAGAGGGCGCCCUGCAGAGCAUUAGCCGCGUCCUGGCCUCGGCGAGCGCUGCUGAGUCAAAGUGACGGCAGUGAAGUGGCUUUGUUGCUCAAAUCGGAUGCAGAGAGAAGCCGGUCACCGGCCAGGGCUGCUGAGACUCAAUGACAGAAAUGGGAUGUCCUUGAAAUUCCAGAGGGGGAAUGCAGAGAGUCCUGGCAUCGGCAAGAGCCGCCGUGAGUCAGGGACUACAGCGAAGUGUCUCUGUUGCUCAGAGUGGAUGCAAAAAGAGUCUUGGCAUUGGCGCUCCCCACUGAGUCUCAACGAUGGCAGUGAAGCGUCUCCGUUGCUUGGAGUGGAUGCGGGAAGUGUCCUGGCGUUAGCACGCCCCGCUG